UCUACAGCAGUGGCCAAGAAGCCCUCAACAAAAGUGACCAUGCGCUCAGUAAAUGGAGGGCCUGCUCACAUACCUUGUCCAAGUAAAGAUUCUGAGAGAGAAGUGGAGGUACGUCUGCUGCAGUUGGAAUGUGAUGAACGAAGAACCAGGCUUGGUUGUCUAAAGGAGGGUCUAAUGGGUCAAAAGCCAAGUGAUAUAGAGCAUUUGCUUAAACAGUCUCAGAAGGAGCUGCUAUGGCUACAGAGACAGCUGUCAUUCAUCUCCAAUGGUGGUCCACCCUGCAUCUUAUCCCCAAACAAGUUCCGAAAUGAUCUCCAGUGCCUGCCACCAUCUGUGCAACACCGAGCAUACAACCAGAUCCAUCUCCUAGAGGAGAAAACUCGAUCCAUAAAAGCCGAUGUCUCUUCGGUAUAUCCAGAGAAGGUUCAGUGGAGAUUUCUGGAAGAUGAAUUAAAAGAUGCUGUACAAGACAAGAAUCGCCUAAGCCUUCAGUAUGCCAGCCUAUCCCACAGGGCCUUGCAGUAUGACCAGGUGAAGUUGGACUAUGAGCAGCUUCGAGAAACCCUCAUUAUAGUCACCAAAGAAAGAGAUUUGGCUGUGAAGGAGAAGUACCAGCUCCAAGCCAAACUGGAGAACCUAGAGCAGGUCCUAACGCAUAUGCGAGAGGCUGCAGAGCGGCGGCAACAUCUGGAAUUGGAGCAUGACCAAGCCUUGGCUGUUCUCCAUGCAAAACAGCAGGAGAUUGAGCUUCUGCAGAAGGCCCAGGUCGAAGCCAAGAAAGAACAUGAGGGUGCAGUUCAGCUGUUAGAGAACACUUUGGACAGCAUGCAGGCCAAGGUCCGCGAGCUAGAAGAGAAAUGUCGGAUUCAGAGUGAACAAUUCAAUCUUCUCUCCCGAGAGCUGGAAAAGUUUCGUCACGAAGCUGGAAAAUUUGACUUGUUGAGUGGUAACGCUGUCUGUAAUUCUGAUGUACACAUUUCCCAUAAUAAGACUCUCACCCAGUUAAUGAAUGGAAUAGCCACCACUAUUAGGAAAGGACAUGAAAGUACCACAGGUAGUCGGUCUUUAAUUUCUGAAUUUAUCCGCCCUCUUCAAAUCACAGGAGACAAGCCGGAGCAACUAUCCGUAAAGCCCAUUUUCCUGUCAAGAUCCCGAUCUGGCAGCCCAAGGCACAGGUUUGAAUCAGAUAUGGAUAAUGAACAGAAUACGAAUACCUCAAAGCAAAGAUACUCUGGGAAAGUCCACCUUUGUAUUGCACGUUACAGUUAUAAUCCCUUUGAUGGACCAAAUGAAAACCCUGAGGCGGAACUUCCCCUGGUGGCAGGAAAAUACCUCUAUGUAUAUGGAGAUAUGGAUGAGGAUGGGUUUUAUGAAGGGGAGCUGCUGGAUGGCCAGAGAGGGCUUGUACCUUCAAAUUUUGUGGAUUUUGUGCAAAACGAUGAGUUUCAUGUGCCGAGCACUUUGACCAGUGAACAGGAAGAGAAUUUUCUCAAUCACUCAGCCCCUCUUCUUCAUGGGGAACACAAACUGGAGAUCACACCGCCCAUUCACAUAGAGUCCAGUGUGCUGAACAAUGGCACAGGGACCAUGGAUGUGAACAUUGAUGAGAUUGGAGAAGACAUUGUGCCUUAUCCUCGAAAAAUAACCCUUAUCAAACAACUCGCCAAAAGUGUUAUUGUGGGUUGGGAGCCACCACUAGUGCCACCGGGCUGGGGUCCCAUCCACAGUUAUAAUGUCUUGGUGGGAAAAGAAGUCCGUGCAUCUUUGAAUUUUGGGAGUAGAACCAAAAGUCUUAUUGAGAAACUAGAUCUCGCCACAGUUACCUAUCGCAUAUCGAUCCAGACAGUCACGGAUCGAGGCAACUCAGAUGAACUGCAGUGCACAUUGUUAGUUGGGAAGGAUGUAAUUGUAGCACCUUCUUAUCUCAAAGUAGACAACAUCACUCCAAUGUCUGCUGAACUCAGCUGGCUCCCAAGCAACAGCAAUUAUAGCCAUGUCAUUUUCCUAAAUGAUGAGGAAUUUGACAUUGUUAAGGCUGCAAGUUAUAAGUAUAAUUUUAUGAACUUAAAGUCCAAUGCAACAUACAAAGUAAAACUUCUGGCAAAGCCUCACCAGAUGCCAUGGCAGCUCCCUCUGGAACAGAGGGAACGAAAGGAAGCAUAUGCAGAAUUUACUACUCAUCCUUUAGGUCCCCCUGUUCCACCUGAAGAUGUUUCUGUGCAUCCUGGGCCUACACCAAUUACGCUGCUAGUUACAUGGAGACCACCAGUGCUGUCACCAACAGGAACCUCCAAUGGAGCAAAUGUCACUGGAUUUUCUGUGUAUGCAAAGGGACAAAAGGUGGCAGAGGUGGUGUUCCCUGCUGCAGAGAACAUUGUGGUGGAUCUCAUCAAAGUACUUAAUCUAGAUGCCAAGGAAGUUACAGUGAGAACCUUGUCAGCACAAGGGGAAUCUGAUGACUCCCAUAUUGCUUAUAUUCCACCUGAAUUACUGGUGCCUCCAACACUUCAACAACACACAAGGACUAUGCCCAAAUGCAAGCCAUUAUCAAGUGCUGGUGUACCAGAUACCAAAGAUGAACAUAUAUGUCCUCAUGGGAAAAUGGAUGAGUCUUGGGAACAUCAUCAUUCAGUAUCCCCAGUGCAUGUGCAUUCCUUGGAACCUCCAACAUCAAAUUUUCACACUUCAGGUCAUGGUAGAAGGUCACCUUCCCCACAAAGAAUUCUACCACAGCCACAAGGUGCACCCAUAUCAAAUACAAUGGCCAAAGCAAUGGCAAGAGAAGCAGCACAAAGAGUUGCAGAGAGCAACAGGAAUGAGAAGAGGAACCUGUUCAGUGAACGAAGCAAUGCAAUACAGUAUGCUAACUCAGAUGAUGAAGAGGAUGGUUAUGACUCUCCACACAUUAAAAGAAAAGGAGCUUCUGUUGAUGAAUUCCUAAAAGGCUCAGAGCUUGGGAAACAACCACACUAUUGCCCUGAUGAUGAAUACCACACAGAAAGCAGCAGAGGCUCAGAUUUAUCUGACAUCUUGGAAGAAGAUGAAGAGGAGCUUUACUCAGAAAUGCAGCUUGAAGAUGGCGGCAGGAGGCGAAGUGUCACCUCUCAUAACACCCUUAAGUGUUCUAAGACUAAGGCCACAGAAUCUGCUUUAAAGGAGCAGCUGGACAUUUCCCCUCAGCAUCCUCACAGUAAAAAACUGUUCAGUAUUCCUGAAGUUGCAGAGGAAGAAAGUGGAGAACACUCAGAGCUCUUGCACAGAGGGCAUUCUGUAGGCAAGGCGUAUAGAGCCAGAGGAAAUGUAGCUAGAACUAAUAGGGUGCCAAGGGCUAGUAGUCAAGAUGGGCGACACCAGAGCCCAUGGCAUUUCUCUAAGUGUAGGUUUAAUGGGGCCGCUCCAUAUUCAGAUGAUUUUACAUGUGAAGGGAGCAAGCUUGGACCUCUCUCCAGGAGCCCAGACAGCGGCUUGGAUUGUGGAAGCGAAGAAGAAGAAGCCCGUUACCAUUUCAGGAAAGGCUGCAGCACCGUUGCUAGAAAUGCCACACAUGAGCCCCAACCAAAUACCGUAUGUUCUAGAGACCCAAAGCAAAUGUUUGCACGCAGGAAAACCCUCACCAGGCAAAGCAGCGUGGAGGAGGAUUUUGGUGAUUUGAGCUCAGACGUUAUAGAUAACACAAGUGCUUGCAAGUGCCACAUUGAAAACCAUGAACUGCCGCCAUGUGUCAGGGAAUUUACUAACGGAGACUAUGCAUGCGGGAAAACAGACGUAUGUAAGAAAAACUGUAGGAGAUCAGUUCUAAGUCCAACUCGCAGAGACACGGAAAAACCUCUGCUUCUAGGUAAUCACCCUGGCUUGGGAAGAAUGGAGAGAGCGGAUCACCCUGUACAUCGGUUCUCACAUGGUAGUACAGUGCCACAAAGACAGCGACCUAUGAUGGUUCCAUCUAUUGAAAUUACAAUGGACAGUAACAGUGAAGGUGGCCGUUCUCGGUCAGGUAGUGAGGGAAAUAUUUCACCUGUAAAAGAAGAAGCUUAUUAUCGCAGCAUUGGAGGACACAGGAGGUGGUCUCCCCACCGUACCAGGGCUUCUGACGAUAGAUACGAUAGUUAUGGCAGCCGAGAGCAGAUUUCGUCUGAAAUGUAUGAAGAAUCAGAAACAGAUGGUGGGAUGGAGGAUUAUCCUGCAAGAAUAUUUGUGGCACUUUUUGACUAUGACCCAAGAACAAUGUCCCCGAAUCCAGAUGCUGCAGAAGAAGAACUUCCCUUUAAGGAGGGCCAGAUAAUUAAGGUUUAUGGUGAUAAAGACUCUGAUGGUUUUUACCAUGGCGAAAGUUGUGGGAGAUCUGGCUAUAUCCCCUGUAAUAUGGUCUCUGAAAUUCAAGCUGAUGAUGAGGAAAUGAUGGAUCAGCUUCUUAAACAAGGAUUUCUGCCACUGAAUACUCCUGUGGAAAAAAUUGAGCGAAACAGGAGAAGUGGGAGGCAGCACUCAGUGUCCACGAGGAGAAUGGUGGCGUUGUAUGACUACGACCCAAGGGAAAGCUCACCUAAUGUUGAUGUUGAGGCUGAGUUAACCAUUUGCACAGGAGAUAUCAUUACUGUUUUUGGUGAGAUUGAUGAAGAUGGGUUUUACUAUGGUGAACUGAAUGGACACAAAGGCCUUGUCCCUUCUAACUUUCUGGAAGAAGUGCCUGAUGAUGUUGAAGUCUACGUUUCUGAUGCACCAUCUCGAUACCCUCCAGAUACACCAAUUCGGACAAAAGUUAAAAGAGUCCCUUCCGAGAACACAAGUACACCCAGAAGAGCACCUUCUCCAACAGUCCAUCUUCAUUCUGUGUCUCCACCAUCUUCUAUGGGCACUGGGAGCCCAAUGAGAAGCAGAGAACGAUCUUCAAAGAAGAAAAAAGGUCUACUUUCCAAAGGGAAAAAACUAUUAAAAAAACUUGGGGCAGUCAAAUGAGUUAUCUGAGUAAUCAUAACAGUUCACCAACUAAAGUGUAAGGCAAUCUAUAGCCUGGCAGUUUUAAACGGCAACUAAUAAAUAAAUAAAUCAACAGGAGAACCCUUAAAUCCUCAAACUAGCUUAAAAUAACAAUUGGGAGAUGGCUUUAUGUGUGAUAAUGUCCCUUACAGGAAUUACAACCUGAAGGAAAAGUACAAAAACAAUGGCUGGCCCAAUACUGAAGCUACUAGUUUAUAUGCAGCCUUGAUGUUUUUGCCUUACUUGAUGCACAAUGAUUUGUAAUGUUCAAUAUAUGUACAGAUUAUAUUCUUUGUAGGUUUUGUGUGCAUCCAGUCGUAUUCUAAUUGUAAUAUUUGUGAUUGAAGAGGUCACUGACUGACCAGUUGAACCUUUACAUAAAUGGAAAAUCCAGAAUGAUAUAUUCUCUGAUUUUCAUGUAUAGUCCAGUCAGCCCUUUGUCCAUUGUUAUGAAUGACCCGCAGUCAUGAACUGGUAUUAUUCACAGCCAAGUCAAUUACUUUCCAUUAAUCCAUACAACCUAAUGUGAUAAUACCACCACUUCUACUAAUUUCAGAUUGGCCUCCUCAACUGUAUCAUCACUGCAAAAAUUCCUGUGACUAUUUUAUAUAUCCAUUUGUAAGUUGUUUUUACUCUUUAUACAUGAUUUUCAGACUGCCUUGUUUUGUAAGAUGAAGGUUUACAAUUAAACGCUCCCCUCAUAGUGUAUUCAAGUGUACAUAUAUUGUGCUAGAGUUAUAAAAAUUAAAUUAUUGGCCUAAAUGUGAUUAAAGUGUUGUGUGGGCGUGUGCAUGUGUACA